CGCGCGGACGCGGUGAAUUAUGGGAUAUCUUCCGUCGGCGGCGCGGUGCCGCCAUGUCUCCUGAAGAUAAACGGCGGCUAGUCGUUUUCUCCGCUGUGGUCUUCUCUUUAUUCCUCCUUUUACUCGUUUUGAGCUACAUACCAGCUUAUUUGUACAUACUUUUUAUCUGUGUCGUGUCUUGUGUUGUUUAUUUUCACAAAGCGGAGGAGCUGCAGCUCUUCGAGAGACUAGGCCUCAAUCCUCGCCGUGGACUGAGCGUCCCGCCGGCUCUUUUGCGCUGGUUACCGGGUAGGACUUUGAGCGGAGUCCCGGCCGCAGGCAAAAACAAGAUACGUAAAAGUGAUGCUAGAAAUUCCUUUGCGUCACCCAGCGAUAGACAUUUUGCAGGCUCGUUUUAUAGAAGAGACCACACGCUCAGUGACUCGGUGUUCAGCCCUCGGGAUAUACUCAUGGGAAGUUACCUCGCCAAGGCUGAAGAAAGCCCCUCCGCCGCCUUGAGGCCCGCUGGAGGCUCGGGGGCUUUCGUCCACCCCAGAGAUCACCUCCGGGAGAGACUCGCCCGACCAAAUCAUGCUGUGCACACCCCUAACAGAAGACUGUCAUUCGGGGACCCUGUGGGCGCUGCGAGUCGAUUCGCCAUCACCCCCCACAGACAUUACCCCCUUCAGCAGAUGGGGACGUCUCCCAUUGGAGUGAUGCCACCUGCAAAAUGGGAUGGAUUCCAUAAGAAGAAUAUUCUCACCCAGCGCAAUUCGCCUACUGUUCACAGUCCGGUCACAGUGAAGAUCGCCAGACCAGACCCCACUCGAUCAUCAUUCUUCAAUCACCUGACCUCACCUGGAGCUGUCACAUCCCCAGGGAUUGGAGCACAGACAGACCCCUGCUCCAGAGAGGCUGUUCUGAGCGUGCUCCGAGAGAGCAGAAAGAGAGAGGUUGAUGAGGAGGAGAAGAGUGCUUCCUCUGGGCAGAAGAGCAAAAGGAGGCGACAUGACAGCAGUGAAAGUUCUCAGUCAGCGUUUGAGCCACUUCUUGCAAAUGGAGCUCUGUCUCAGCUUGUGCCAAAACCUGGCAGUAUGAAGAGAGGAAUGAACUCCUCUCUCAAUGAAGAGUCCAUUAUGAAGCGUUCUCGUACCUCCUCCAUCAGCUCCAUGAGUGGUGCUCCUGUUCCCAGUGGGGUCCCUGGAUCUGUCCGAAAUCCCAUUCGCAGUUCCUACAGUUCCUCACAGGGUUAUCCACAGAGAAGAGCAGCAUCCAGUCUCAGUCUUUCUCCUUUCACAAGCCCAGGAGGAUCUCGGUGUCAGACUCCAGAGAGAGCUGCUAAGAAAGCAAGGGAGGAAGAUGCUACUUCACCAAAUUCCACAUCCUUUGUAAAAAUGGAUAAGGUGACAACUGAUCAUGCGCCUGCUACAACUAAACUUACUCCAAAAUCUGAGGCACCUGUUGCAACAUUAACAUCAGACUCUGGAGGCAGCAGUGGGAAACGUAAGCGUAAAAUCCAGCUGGUCACCACAAACAGAGGAGAUCAGAUUUCUAUGCCACCACCUCCUGAACUAGGAUAUACGAUCACAGCAAAAGAUCUAGAUAUGGAGAAGAAAGCAGCACUCAGCCAGAUACAGAAAGUCCUGGAGGAACCUGAGCCAGAGAUCCUUCCUCCAACAUCUGAAUCCACCCCAGCUCCAGUUUCCUCUUUAACCCCGUUUUCCCACCCAACUCCAACCUCCUCAUUCGGGACUGCACCUGCUGUGAGCGCUGUGCCCGCUCUGGUUUCUCUCUCCACACCUUUGCCUGUGACCACACCAGCCACUACUACAACUCCUGCUCCAACUAUUGACCUUACCAUCACUGUUCCCAGCAUGGCCAGUACUGCACCCCUGACUUUCACCUCAGCCCCCUCCAUCACUACCACCCCAAAUCCCCCAGCUUCAAGCAUUUCAAACCCUCUGCUGGAGUCCUUGAAAAACAUGAAGAAUAAUCCUCUUUUCAAUGCUUCCACUAUGAUGAGUACUACUACUACUGCAGCUCCAGCAGUGUCUGUGUACAGUCUUUCUACACCUGCUGUUUCCACAAACUCUAGCGGUGGAUUUGUCAAAUCUGAGUCGGGCCUUGCCACUCUUCAGAACUCAUUUGCUGCCCCAUCCUCCAUAUCAACACCUGCCUCCAAGCCAGCCACCUCCAUGCCCUCUGCCUUCGCUCAGAUCUUGGCCCAACCUCUUCAAUCCUCACCAAGCACGCCAUCCCUGCGCGGAGGAGGCAGCCUGUUCAGUUUGAUCAAACCUGUGGCCACACCUGCAUCUGAGCCUCCUAAAUCUACAGUUGCUGCACCUACAACCACGGUUGCAUCAGUCAACAGCAUUAGCAACCCCCUGUUGUCUGGCUUUAAGCCCAUUUUCAGUGCAGCAAGCACCACCCCUGCUUCCACAGCUGAGGUCAAAACCACCCAGCCCACCUUCAAGCCAUUAUUUGGCAGUACCACAGGAAGUGGCAUUAGUUCCUUUGGGCAGACAGCCACACCGACGACAUCAACUCCUGCUGCUCUGGCCGCACAGAACAGUGGGAUGUUAUUUGGUGGACUAACCAGUACCCAGCCAACAAUGGUGACUGCUGCUUCUGCCGCCCCGGUCACACAGACUCCCUCCCAAUCUCUGUUUGGAAGCUGGACUGCAACCACCACAUCCGCUCCUGCCACAAACGCCACGUUCCAGUUUGGAGCACCAUUGACCACAACGGCCGCCCCUGUGUUAAACACCAACACAGCUAGUGCCGGUGGCACCACCUCUGCUUUUCAGUUCGGCGGAGCAAAACCUGCGCCCACACAGCAGGCUCAAAGCACGUUCGCAUUUGGCCAGCUGCCCACGAACCAGAACUCCACAUCUGCUCCGUUUGGUGGGUUCGGCAUGACCAGCAGUGCCACCACUUCCUCGGAGGCAUCCACAACACAAACCACUUUUGGGAGCUCAACCUUCACUGCAUCUACAACCUUCCCAGGAUCCACACAGCAGGCCCCUGCUGCUCCAAAACCUUUCACAUUUGGGCCCAGUGGUGGAAGUAGCGGCGCAGCACCAUUUGCGUUUGGAGCCGCUGCCAGCACAGUAGCGCCUGCAUUUGGGACUAACAGUCAGCCUACAUUCGGGGCAGCAUCAUCUGGCUUCUCAUUUGGAAACACCACCACCCCUUCUGCGGCUCCCGUCUUUGGGGCCUCCACACAGACUGUGGCCUCUCAACCUGGCCCAGCUCCUACGUUCAGCUUCGGAGGUGCAUCAACAGGCACUCAAAACACUGCUCCGAGUACUCCAGCGCCUCCUGCCUCUGGAGGAUUUAACUUUGGGGCCUCACUUUCGGCAACACCAUUUGGAACCCCUGGGCCUGCAGUUCAGACACCAGGGUUUUCCUUUGGAGCCAACAACACGGAUAACAAGCCUGCUUUUGGAACAUCUACUCCUGCUUUUGGUCAGGCGCCUGCAGGAAUGCAGAUGCCGUUUGGCAGUCCUGGAACCCCAGGAUUUGGAGCAAUGGGCGCCUCCUUUGUUGGUGCUUCACCAGCUACCUUCUCUAUUGGAACGGGAUCCAAGUCCUCUGGGGCUCGUCGAUUACAAGCCCGUAGGCAGCACCCGAGGAAGAAGUAACAUGGCUGAUGUGAGUCCUGUCCCUUUCAUUAUUGUCAAAUGGACUCUGUUACUACUCCUCCGGCUGUCCCACCUGCCCCAGACACUGCUGCUACUGCUGCUGGUCCAAACACAACAAGGCUGUCAGUCAGACCUCAUCUCUACAACCCUCCAGACUGCCAGGGCUGGUCAGGUGUGUAGGAUCAAGGCUCAGAGAGUGUAGAUUUUUAGAGUACCGGGCGGCCCCAUCUCUGCUGUUGGGUGCGCCCACCGAGACUCAUCACAACCUCGCUAAUGGAGUCUGUAAAUGUCUGAUUAGGACGUCUGGUGUUGGGGAAGGAUUGCGAACUGGAGCGUAUUAUACUUGAAAGAAAAAGAGACUUUCAAAUCUGGACACUCACAUGAAUUUCAGUCCAGGCCUGUUGGAUGAAACAGAAUCUUAUUUUUGACUUUAGUUUUUGGUCGAGAAAUCAGAUGCUCUUUAUUUUAAAUCCAGUGAAUAUAUACAUAUACCUUUUUUUCUUUCUUUUUUUUUGCAGUUAGCAUACAUUUGUCAUGCUUUUUCAUCAUGCUU